AGCAUCCAGCGUGGCAAUGAUCGCCACGUGGUACCUACGAGAGUAUAAAACCUUUCCCACAUUCCCUCACAUUCUUAUCCCACGCCGGACAUAAACAUGCAACGCCCAGCCAGCCUCAGGCCUGAGGCCUUCCCUUCGCUUCCCCUUUCUCUUCCGUGGAACAUCUCAACCAAACAGAACAAAACGCCAAAACGUAUAGUAUAAUACAAAGAAGGCAAACAUAAACAAAAAGGAGGAAACCAAAAGCGAAGAGAAUUAGUAAAACGGAGAAGAAGAAAGGAUAAAGUCAAAGGAGCAGACAGUUUUGAAAUGGCGAUUCCUUUACCGGAAUUGCAGCAUAGAGAGGAGGCUGUGGUGGCGUCGACUAGAACGGUGAACCCGCCGCCGUUUGGAGGCUUUUCAGAGGAGCGUGAAGAGAAGUCUCCGAUUUUGAUAUUCUUGUUGUUCCAUAAGGCGGUGCGGAAUGAGUUGGACGCGCUUCACCAAUUGGCUUUGGCGUUUGCUACGGGAAACAGUGUCGAUAUUCAAUCGCUGUUUCAACGGUACGGUUUCCUCAGAUCGAUUUAUAAGCACCACUCCGUUGCCGAAGAUGAGGUAAUUUUUCCAGCUCUAGACAUACGUGUAAAAAAUGUGGCAAAAACAUACUCACUUGAACACAAGGGUGAAAGCAAUCUUUUUGAUCAUCUAUUUAAGCUUUUAAAUUCUUAUAUGGAAGAUGAUGAAAGCUUCCCAAGGGAGUUAGCUGCUUGUACAGGGGCUCUUCAGACAUCAAUUAGCCAGCAUAUGGCCAAAGAAGAGGAGCAGGUUUUUCCUUUGCUUAUCGAAAAGUUCUCACUUGAAGAGCAAGCAUCUCUAGUCUGGCAGUUUUUAUGCAGCCUUCCGGUGAAUAUGAUGGCAGAGUUCCUUCCAUGGCUUUCAUCUUUUUUCUCUCCCGAUGAACAUCAGGACAUGCAGAAAUGCUUAAGCAAGAUAGUUCCAGAGGAAAAGCUUCUGCAGCAGGUUAUCUUCACCUGGAUGGAAGGGAGAAAUGGUGCUGACAUAUUAGGAAAAUGUCAUCUAGAUUCUACUGAUGGCAUUAGUCAGCCAUUGGACAGCAUAACAUGUUCUUAUGAGUUAUCCAAGAAUGGGAAAAGAAAAUAUUUGGAGCCUGGCAGUAAUGUUUCAGAGACGGAUGGCACACAUCCUAUGAAUGAAAUAUUGCUUUGGCAUAAUGCUAUUAAAAGAGAGUUGAAUGAGAUAGCUGAGGAGGCUAGGAAGAUUCAAUUUUCUGGGGACUUCAGUAAUCUAUCAGUCUUUAACGAACGGUUGCAAUUUAUUGCUGAGGUUUGCAUCUUUCACAGUAUUGCAGAGGACAAGGUAAUAUUCCCUGCAGUUGAUGGAGAACUGUCUUUCUCCCAGGAGCAUGCUGAAGAAGAAAGCCAAUUCAAUGACUUUAGGUGUUUGAUUGGAAGUAUUCAAAAUGCAGGAGCAGUUUCUUCUUCAGCUGCUGAAUUUUAUUCCAAGUUAUGUGAGCAUGCUGAUCAAAUAAUGGAAACUAUAAGGACACAUUUCCACAAUGAGGAAGUUCAGGUUCUUCCAAUUGUGCGAAAGAACUUUAGCUUCAAAAGGCAACGUGAACUUUUGUAUCAAAGCUUGUGUGUGAUGCCCUUGAGAUUGAUUGAGUGUGUCUUGCCGUGGCUGGUUGGGUCAUUAACUGACAAUGAAGCCCGGAAUUUCCUGAAGAACAUGAAGUUGGCAGCUCCAGCAACAGAUACUGCUCUGAUGACACUUUUUUCUGGUUGGGCUUGCAAGGGUCGUAACCAAGGCAUGUGUUUGUCUCCAAAUGGAAAUGGUUGCUGUGUUAAAAGGUUCACUGACAUUGAAAACGAUUUUGGUCAAUCAUGUUGCGCAUGCACUUCUUCCUUGUGCAUGAAUGAAACCUGUUUAUCAAUUCAUGGAGGUGAAGUUAAAAGGCUAGUCAAAAGAAAUGUUUCUGUUUCAUGCAAAAAUGGCAAUGCCUCUGACCAGUUAGUUACUGUCAGUUCCCAUAAGCCAUCUUGUAGUGAAAUGUCUUGCUGUGUUCCUGGUUUAGGAGUAAAUAGUAAUAAUCUGGGGUUGAGUUCUCUUUCAACAGUCAAGUCUCUGAGAUCUUUGUCUUUUAGCUCCUCUGCUCCAUCUCUUAAUUCCAGUCUUUUUGUCUGGGAAGCAGAUAAUAACUUGUCUGACAUUGGCUCAGCUGAACGACCAAUUGAUACUAUAUUCAAAUUUCAUAAAGCCAUCAGCAAAGACUUGGAAUAUCUGGAUGUUGAAUCUGGAAAGCUCAGUGAUUGUGAUGAGACAUUCCUUCGGCAGUUUAUUGGAAGAUUUCAUCUAUUAUGGGGUUUAUACAGAGCUCAUAGUAAUGCUGAGGAUGAUAUUGUUUUCCCAGCAUUGGAGUCUAAAGAGACACUUCAUAAUGUCAGUCACUCAUAUACGCUAGAUCAUAAGCAGGAGGAAAAAUUAUUUGAAGACAUUAACACUGUUCUUUCUGAACUUUCACACCUUCAUGAAAGCUUUAUCAGAGGUAAUAUGCCUGAAAAUUUAACUGGUACUAUCACUGAACUUUCUGGUGCCUACUAUGGUGAUUUUCUGAGAAAAUAUAAUGAGCUGGCUACUAAGCUUCAGGGGAUGUGCAAAUCCAUCAGAGUUACCCUGGAUCAUCAUAUUUUCAGGGAAGAACUUGAGCUUUGGCCAUUAUUUGGUAGAUAUUUCUCUGUGGAGGAGCAAGACAAACUAGUUGGCCGCAUAAUUGGAACCACAGGUGCUGAAGUGCUUCAGUCGAUGCUGCCAUGGGUAACUUCAGCCCUUACUCAGGAUGAGCAAAAUAAAAUGAUGGACACAUGGAAGCAAGCAACCAAAAACACAAUGUUCAACGAAUGGCUUAAUGAAUGCUGGAAAAAAACUUCAGAAUCAUCCUUGCCGAAUGAAAUGUCAGAAACUGGCAUUUCUCUGAAAGAUAAUGAUUUUCAAGUCAGCUUGGACCAAUGUGAUAAAAUGUUUAAGCCUGGGUGGAAAGAUAUUUUUCGAAUGAAUCAAAAUGAGCUUGAGUCAGAGAUCAGGAAGGUUUAUCGGGACUCAACUCUUGAUCCAAGGAGAAAAGCAUAUCUUGUUCAAAAUCUUUUAACUAGUCGUUGGAUAGCUGCUCAGCAAAAGUUGCCCCAUGCAGCAUCCGGUGAAACUUCUAAUGGUGAAGAUGUAUUGGGAUGCUUUCCAUCAUUUAGAGAUCCAGAAAAACAAAUAUUUGGGUGUGAGCACUACAAAAGAAACUGCAAACUCCGUGCUGCUUGCUGUGGCAAGUUGUUUACCUGCAGGUUUUGCCAUGACAAAGUGAGCGAUCACUCAAUGGAUAGAAAAGCAACCUUGGAAAUGAUGUGCAUGGUUUGCCUCAAGAGUCAACCUGUUGGGCCAAUAUGCAUUACACCUUCCUGCAAUGAACUGUCAAUGGCUAAGUAUUAUUGUAAUAUAUGCAAGUUUUUUGAUGAUGAAAGGAAUGUGUAUCAUUGUCCAUUUUGCAAUCUAUGCCGUGUUGGGAGAGGACUUGGGAUUGAUUAUUUUCAUUGCAUGACAUGCAAUUGUUGCCUUGGGAUAAAGUUAGUGAACCACAAGUGCCUGGAGAAAGGUUUAGAAACCAACUGCCCUAUCUGUUGUGAUUUUUUGUUCACAUCAAGUGCAACAGUCAGAGCUCUACCUUGCGGUCAUUACAUGCAUUCAGCUUGUUUUCAGGCAUAUACUUGCAGUCAUUACACCUGUCCAAUUUGCAGUAAAUCCUUGGGAGAUAUGGCGGUUUACUUUGGCAUGCUUGAUGCAUUGUUGGCUGCUGAGGAGCUUCCAGAAGAAUAUAGGGAUCGGUUUCAGGAUAUUCUCUGCAACGAUUGUGAUCAAAAGGGCACAGCUCGCUUCCAUUGGUUAUAUCACAAGUGUGGAUACUGCGGAUCGUAUAACACCCGCGUGAUCAAAACUGAGACACCAACUUCAUUCUGCUCUACCACACAUCAAUGAGAGGUUUCUCUUCUUUUCCGAAGAUGUAUAGAUGUUAGUUUGUGAAUAAUUGUAUAGCCAAUUCUUUUUUCGCACUACUAGGUGGCUAGUUUCCUUUACAACUGAUAUACACAUAAAAAGAGUCCUCUUCCCCCUUGGUUUUCGACUUUUGGGCUCAUCAAAAUGCAUAGAGAUGCCGAUAGAAGCUACAAGGUUUUGAAAGUUAGAGAUGCAAAGAAUUUUUGCUUCUAUAAACCAUCUUACAGAGAAAAAGAUAUAUAAUACUACCUCACCUCCUUCAACUUUAAACUUUUUGCAUUGUUUUUCUGUCAAUUUGUGCCCUUCUGCUGCUCCUUUUGUUGGGGCCAACGAAGAAUGGGUACUAUAAAAGCUGAAUCGGGUCCAGAAGAAAUGCUAGGAAGUAAAAUUGACAGUAGCAGAAAUGAUCCGAGCUAGAAAGACAUGUUUAGUUUGUUCGAAAAUCAACAUGAUUUGAAUCGGAAGGUUAACUAUUGAAAAUAGUUAUGAUUUUGAAAGUUCGUAAUUCAAACUUGAUUUAGCAUGAAUCAAUUAACCUGAUCUAGCCUGUGUAUCUAAUCAUA